CCCAUCGAUGUUCCCCCUCUUCUCCAUAGCUUCCCACGUCCACCUUUUCUCCAUCAUCGCCAACUAUAUUAAUCCCCCCAAAAACCAGACCAGAAAUGUCGAUUAGAACCACACACAAAAAAAAAAAAAAAAAACCUAAGACGUACGACGACAUGGCGACUUCUUCCAACAACAACAACAACAACAAUCUGGCGGUCCUAACGGCGCUGGACAACGCGAGGACCCAAUGGUACCACGUUAAGGCCAUCAUCAUCGCCGGGAUGGGGUUCUUCACCGACGCCUACGACCUCUUCUGCAUCACCGCCGUCUCCAAGCUCCUCGGCCGCCUCUACUACUAUGACCCGGCCGCCGGGCAGCCCGGGAAGCUGCCCAAGUUCGUCAACAACACGGUCAGCGGCGUCGCCUUGGUCGGCAUGUUCUGCGGCCAGCUGUUCUUCGGCUGGCUUGGGGACAAACUCGGCCGGAAAAGGGUCUACGGGAUCACCCUAAUCAUCAUGGUGGUUUGCGCCGUUUGCUCAGGGAUCUCGUUCGGUUCAACCACCAAGUCGGUUAUUGGGUCGCUCUGCUUUUUCAGGUUUUGGUUGGGAUUCGGGAUCGGCGGCGACUACCCCUUAUCCGCGACGAUCAUGUGCGAGUACGCCAACAAGAAGACACGCGGCGCGUUCAUCGCGGCGGUCUUCGCCAUGCAAGGCGUGGGGAUCAUCUUCGCCGGACUUGUCUCCAUGAUCAUGGCCAAAAUCUUCCUCGUCGAAAAUCCCGCCCCGACAUUCACGGAGAACGAGAUCCUGUCCACGCAGCCUCAGGGCGACUUGCUGUGGCGGCUCGUCCUCAUGCUCGGCGCCCUGCCGGCGGCGCUGACCUACUACUGGCGGAUGAAGAUGCCGGAGACGGGGCGUUACACCGCCCUCAUCCGCGGCAACGCCGAGCAGGCCGCCAAGGACAUGACACGUGUCCUCAACAUGGAGAUCGAGGAGGAACGCGACAAAGUGAUCGAGUUCAAGCAGUCCAACACGUACCCGAUCCUGUCCAACGAAUUCUACGGCCGCCACGGGCUCCACCUGGUGGGGACCAUGUCCACGUGGUUCUUCCUCGACAUCGCGUUCUACAGCCAGAACCUGACACAGAAGUACAUAUUUCCAGCAAUGGGCCUGGUCAAACAGGCCCAAGACGUCAACGCGCUGGAGGAAGUCUGGGAGACUUCGCGGGCCAUGUUUCUGGUGGCGCUUUUGGGGACUUUCCCCGGGUACUGGUUCACCGUGGCGUUUAUCGAGAAGUUGGGCCGGUACGUCAUCCAGUUGUUGGGCUUUCUCAUGAUGUCGAUCUUCUUGUUGAUAAUGGGGAUCAAUUAUGAGUACUUGAGGGACAACAACAAGGGCCUUUUUGCUCUUACUUAUGGGCUCACGUUUUUCUUUGCGAACUUUGGGCCCAAUUCGACUACGUUUGUCUGGCCCGCGGAACUGUUCCCGACCCGGCUGAGGUCCACGUGUCACGCGCUGAGUGCGGCGGCGGGGAAAGCCGGGGCGAUGAUCGGCGCGUUUGUAGUGCAGUCGUAUACGUUCGACGAGAACGUGGGGAGGAUUCGACAUGCGCUGAUGGUGUUGGCAUUUACGAAUAUGUUGGGGUUCUGCUUCACGUUUAUGCUGCCGGAGACGAAAGGGAUGUCGUUGGAGGAGAUUUCCGGGGAGGACGGUGGCGGCGGGGCUGGCCGGAAGGAACCCCGGUGGGGGGUUAAAUCGCCUGAAAUCCCGGUAGUUUAAAUGUGCGGGGAAAAUGAUAAUGUUCUCUUUCAAAGAUAUCGUCAUCAAAAUUUUGGGGCUUUCCUGUUUUUAUAUUGGGCGUUUUUAUGUUGUGUUUUUUGUGCAACAUAUAUUAUGAAGAUGUAAUUGGGAAUCUGUGAUCGCUUUCAUCCUAAUUUAUUGAGUAGUAGCAAAGUAUAUAAUCUCAUAUUGCAUAAAUAUAUAGCCACCUUGUUUAUUUACAAAAAAAAAAAUACUCAUUAUGUAUAUAGGUUUUUGCAUUUUGCAGCACGAUAAACUUUCUGACAACUU